GGCGGCCGCCAUGCUGUCCGGCUGCUGAAGGAGCACCAGGCCCGCCAGAGCGAGCGGCGCGAGCUGCAGGAGCGGCGCCGCCGGGACGCCAUCGCGGCCGCCACCCGCCUCACCGAGGCCCUGGUGGAUCACCUGAACGUGGGGGUGGCCCAGGCCUACGUGAACCAGCGCAAGCUGGACCAGGAGGUGAAGACGCUGCAGGUGCAGGCGGCUCAGUUCGCCCGCCAGACCGGCCAGUGGAUCGCCAUGGUGGAGAGCUUCAACCAGGCCCUCAAGGAGAUCGGCGACGUGGAGAACUGGGCCAGGAGCAUCGAGCUGGACAUGAGGACCAUCGCCACCGCCCUCGAGUACGUCUACAAGGGGCAGCUGCAGCCCUCCUGCUCCUGAGGGACCCCAAAACCCCCGCCGGGACCCCCCAGAAACCCCCAGACCCAAAUAACCAGUGGGGGUCUCACCACGCUGCCGCCCCCCCCAGCACUGACAGCAAUGGAAUAAAGAGGGGGUGUGCAAUAAAGGGGAGGGGUGA